AAUGCACUACAACCCGUUGCACCGACAGUGGAACGAGGGACUAAGAGCUUCUAAAUACGGCACUUUCUAAAACUGGUUCCUUGUUUCCCGUUUGCAAUUAUUUGAACGGACAAGGUAGAGGAGGAAGGUAAACUGUCAAUCAACUGGCAGCUCCUGGGAUCACCAGCGCUGGCAUGAACGCCUUUGCAAACCUGCCUGAGUACUCCUGGCGGCGGGAACUCGAAUGUAACGCUGCAAUAUAAUUUUGGGAGGUUAUAGAAAAAGAUUUGCAAGCUUCCGUGAAUGGUUUGCCCUGAGGGAGACUGAGUCGGGCGAUGCUUCUGCUAACCCUGCAGGCGCUGACUCUGACGAGAGUUUCUCUGGGACUGAGCGCGGCUGCUAGCGAACGCGCAGCGGCUCGGUGCCCGAGCGCCUGCGAGUGUUCAGAGUGGGACUCCUUAAAGAUAACCUGCAAGUCCAUCGAUCACAUCCCGACUUUCCCCCAGAGCACGGAGAACAUUCGAUUCAUGGAGACUCGGCUCAAGUCAAUCCCGACAGAAGCCUUUACAAAGCUCCCAAACAUCACAAGGAUAUACAUUUCCAUUGAUGCAACCCUCGAAAGAGUGGAUGUCAGGGCUUUCUUCAGUCUGGAUAAAGUCACGCACAUAGAAAUACGGAAUGCAAGGAGCUUAAAUCAGAUUGAUCCAGAGGCUUUCAAGAAUCUCCCUGUUCUGAAAUACCUUGGGAUUUUCAACACCGGCCUGGCCAGGUUUCCCGACCUGACGAAAAUCCGUUCCACCGAUGUGAACUUCCUAAUUGAAAUCGCUGACAAUCCAUUCAUUUCGACCAUUCCUGCCAACGCCUUCGGUGGGUUGGGUAAUGAAUCGCUCACUCUAAAGCUCUACAACAACGGGUUCACUAAGGUCCAAGCUUACGCCUUUAAUGGAACCAAACUAGAUGCUGUAUACCUGCACAAGAAUAAGCUCUUAUCAUCUUUCAGUGAGGAUGUCUUUGCAGGGGUCUUGAGUGGACCCACUCUGCUGGAUGUGUCCCAGACCAGUGUGCACUCUCUCCCUUCCAAAGGGCUGGAGCCACUGAAAGAACUGAUGGCCAAGAACACGUGGACCCUGAAGAAGCUACCUCCUCUGAAGACGUUCCUACACCUGACGAGAGCUGACCUCACGUACCCAAGCCACUGCUGUGCCUUUAAGAACUGGAAGAAAAACAAGGGUUUACCCUACAGGCUCCUGGAGUCACUGAUGUGCAACCAGACCCUUGGCCAUGGUUUCCGAAGGAGGAGGUCCUUCACUUUGUACGAAGGAGCCUUUUACCAGGACUACACAGAGGGUAACACAGACAAACAUAGCCCUCAGCAGGGCCUGAAACGCCAAGAUUUCCACAGCAAUUCCCACUAUUACGUGUUCUUCGAGGAACAAGGAGAUGGAGAUGUUGGCUUUGGUCAGGAGCUGAAGAACCCUCAGGAAGACCACGUGCAAGCUUUUGACAGCCAUUAUGACUACAUGGUGUGUGGAGGGGGUGAGGAGAUUGUAUGCCAGCCAGAACCAGAUGAAUUCAAUCCCUGCGAAGACAUUAUGGGUUACAACUCUUUACGGGCUAUUGUGUGGUUUGUUAAUCCACUGGCUAUAGCAGGGAACAUCUUUGUUCUCCUCAUUCUGCUCACCAGCCGCUACAAGCUGACAGUGCCCAGGUUCCUGAUGUGUAACCUAGCCUUCGCGGACUUCUGCAUGGGUGUCUACUUGCUCCAGAUCGCUUCAGUGGACCUCUACACCAGGGGCGAGUACUACAACUAUGCCAUCGACUGGCAGACAGGUGCUGGCUGCAACUCAGCCGGUUUCUUCAGCGUCUUCGCCAGCGAGUUCUCUGUCUACACGCUCACCGCCAUCACGGUGGAGCGCUGGUACGCCAUCAACUUUGCCAUGCGCCUGGACCGGAAAGUGCGCCUGCGCCAUGCUGCUGCCAUUGUGGCCGGGGGCUGGCUGCUCUGCUUGGCGCUGGCCGUCCUCCCCAUAGUGGGGGUCAGCAGCUACAUCAAGGUCAGCAUCUGCCUGCCGAUGGACACGGGGACCCUGCUGGCCCAGGGCUACGUGGUCCUGGUGCUCUUACUCAACAUUGUUGCCUUUCUGGUCAUCUGCGCCUGCUAUGUGAAGAUCUACCUCAGGGUGAAGAGCCCCCACUACAAAGCCGGAGGCAAGGACGCUAGAAUAUCCAAGAGGAUGGCGGUGCUGAUCUUCACCGACUUCACCUGCAUGGCCCCCAUCUCCUUCUACGCGCUCUCGGCCGUCUUGCACAAGCCCCUGAUCACGGUGACCAACUCCAAGAUACUGCUGGUUCUCUUCUACCCACUCAACUCCUGCGCCAACCCCUUCCUCUACGCCAUCUUCACCAGGGCCUUCCGCAGGGACGUCUUCAUCCUGCUGAGCAGGGUGGGCCUCUGCCGACAGCGGGCGCAGCUCUACAGGGGGCAGGCCGUCCCCGGCAGGAAGAGUGGCUCCUCCUGCAGCCUCCGCCGAUACCGUGGCAACUGCCAGCAAGCGGCAGCAGCCAGCCGAGGUUGCCGAGAGACGGAACUGUGAGCGUGGAGAGCCAGCUCAUCAAACCUGCCUGGUUUGUACUGCCAUCGGAAGGUUCAAUUGCCCCUACUUAGUGCUGGAUCCAAAUGGUGCAUUGAGAUGAGGCAUUAACAGCAGCCCGAGGGAAAAGUGGGUCUAAUUCAACUUAGAUUGAGGAAUCCCUGUACUGUUUCUUCACAGAUAUCCAAAAGUUUAUUCACUAACAAAAAUACAUACAAUAAUCAGGUGUUUACAAAGCUUUUUGCAAUUCCACAUUAAACUAUGAUUAUUGUUAUCUACAAAUCAUUCAGCCUCUUCAGGGCCCACCAUUCUCAGAGCUCCCCAAUGUGUCCAGAGAGACUGUGUGCUCUUCCUCCAAGAAGCCCAGGGCACAGAUGUAACCCCGAAAGAGGGACGGGCAGUCAGCUUGGCUGGAGCCCUCAACUACCCACCGCCUGAACCCAUGAAUGGACAGCUUGGCCAACCCAGGCGCACACAGACCACGAGAUUCCUCGAGUGACCCAGCCGUCCCUACUAGGUGACCGCGGACCAGGGGUGUGUGGCUAAAGCACAGGGAGAACUUGAGGAGCAGCCCCUUCAAUCGAGGUCCUGUUUCGACAGCCCCACAGCAACCACUGAUGCUGUUUAGUCUAGAAUUGGACUGUUCGUUCCAUAGUAAUUGGCUUAUAAUUGUCACAUGCAGCAAGAUACAGAGAGAGUUUUCCAUUGCAUGCCAUCCAGACAGAUCAUCCUAAGCAUAAGUACAUCACAGUUAGUCCAAAAGGAAAAGCAAUAAUGAAAUAGAGAAUAUAAUGAUACAGAGACUGCACAGUGCAGGCAGAGAAGGGCCACAACAAAGAAAACUGAGAGACCAGGGGUUUAUCUUUGUUGUACAAGAGGUCCCUUCAUAGCAUACAGAACAUUACAGCACAGUACAGGCCCUUCAACCCACAAUGUUGUGCUGAAGUAUUCCAUCAUCAAUCUACCCUUUCCCUUCCACGUACUGUGAGGCCUGUAUUUUUCUAUCAUCCACAUGCCUACCUAAGAGUUUUCUAAGUGCCCCUAAUGUAUGUGCCUCUACCACUGCCCCUGGCAGGGUGUUCCACACACUCACUCUCUGGGUAAGAAACCUACCUGUGUCAUCGCCCCUAUACUUUCCUCCAAUCUCCUUAAGGUUAUGCACUCCUGUAUAAGGCAUUUCCACCCUGGGAAAAGUCUGUGUCUGUCCACAUGAUCUAUGCUUUUCAUCAUCUUAUAUGCCUGUCAUCCAAAGAGAAAAACCAUAGCUCGAUCAAUCUAUCCUUUCUAUCAGCAGGAUAGAAGCUUUCCUUGAACUUGAUGGUGCAAUUUUUCAAUUUUUUUUUAAGAUAUUCUCGGCACGGUAACAGGACCUUCUGACCCAAUAAACCCAUGCUGCCCAAUUGCAGCCAUGUGAAUAAUUAAUCUACUAACCCAUAUGCCUUUGCGACGUUGGAGGGAAGCAGAGCACCCAGAGGAAACCCCCACAGUCACAAAGAGAACCUAUAGACAGAAUUGACCAUGGGUUGUUAACAUUACGCUAACUGUGUGCACCCUGUCUUCUGCCUGAUGGGAGAGGGGUGAAAGUAGAACAACUGGGAAGGGGUGUCUUAGGUUACAUGGGCUGCUUUCCCGAAGCAUCUGGAAGUACGGACGGAGUCCAUGGAGGGGAGGCUGUUUUCUGUGGUGUACGGAGCUGUGUCCACAACGUUGCACUUUCCAGUGUGCUUAGACGGAGCAGUUCCCAUACCAAGAUGUGAUACAUCUGGAUAGGAUGUUUCCUAUAGUUCCUCUAUUGUAUAUAAAUUCCUGCGGGCCAACCAGAAUAUGUUGAAUUUCCUUAGCCUGGAAUGGUGUCCACAGCCUGUCCUCCAAGAGCUAUCCAGUUAAAUUGCGUCACACUCACACGGGAAAAGUCCAUGGAGAAAUAGCAGCCCCAGGGAGGUUUUUGUGUACAGCUGCCUUACCCUUUCCACCUCAUGCCAAGGCAUGAGCAACAGUGAGAGGUUUUAUUGCUGAGUGACACCAAUGAAUUUUGCACCAUCUCCUGUUUUAAAGAGAGAUUAAAUAAGAUAAAACUUUAUUUAUCCCGAAGGAAAUUAUUGAAUAAACUGGGUUUGUUUUCCCUGGAACAGAGGAGGCUGAGGGGUUCAGUGAUAGAGGUAGAGAGUCAUAAAGAACUACAACACAGAAGCAUGCCCAUCUAGUCCAUGCCAACUGUUAUUGUGUCGAGUCCCAUCAAACCAUGCCAUGACCAUAGUCCUCCAUUCCCCUCUCAUUCAUGUACUUAUCCAAACCUCUCUUAAAUGUUGCAAUUGAAUCCACAUCCACCACUUCUGCUGGCAGCUCAUUCCACACACUGAGUGAAGAAGUUACCUCUCAGCUACUCUUUAAAUUUUUCACCUUUCAUCUUCAACCUAUUACUUCUAGUUCCAGUUUCACCCAACCUCAGUGGGAAAAAGCCUGCUUGCAUUUACCCUAUCUAUACCCCUCAUCAUUUUGCAUACCUCCAUCAAAUCUCCCUUUAUUCUCCAGUGAAUAAAACCCUAAUCUAUUCAACCUUUCCCUAUAACUCUGGUCCUCAAGUCCCAGCAACAUCCUUGUAAUUUUUUCUCUGUACGCUUUCAAUCUUAUAGGUGUACAGUGGACUAGAUAAGGUAGAUAAUAAUCUCUCAUGGUGGAGGUGUCUCAGGUAAGAGUGCAUAGUUUUAAGGUGAGGAAGGGACGUGAACGAGAAUUACUUCACACGGAGGGUUGUUGGAGUCGAGAAUGCACUGUCUGCGGUGGUGAUGGAGGCAGAGACUCCCACGUUAAAAAGAAAUCCAAACAAGCAUGUGAAUCACCAAGAGCUAGACAUUACACAUCAAAUGCGGGUAAGUGGGAUUAAUAUACGCUCAGUGGCCACUCUAUUAGGUACAGGAGUGGAAGCUGGCAUGGUCUUCUUCAAGGUUUGGUGUAUGUGCGUUCAGAGAUGCUCUUCUGCACACCAGUGUUGUAACACAUGGUUAUUUGAGUUUACUGUCACCUUCCUAUCAGCUUGAACAAUUCUUGCCGCUCCAGUGACCUCUCAUUAACAAGGCGUUUUUGCCCACAGAACUGCUGUUGACUGGAUUUUUUUGGGGCUUUUUCUCGCCAUUUUUUAAACUGUAUUGACUGUUGUGCAUGAAAUUUCCAGGAGAUCAGCAUUUUCCAAGAUACUGAAACCAUCCCGGCUGGCGCCAAUAAUCAUUCCAUAGUCAAAAUCACUUAGAUCACAUUUCUUCCCCAUUCUGAUGUUUGAUCGGAACAGCAACUGAACUUCUUGGCCAUGUCUGCAUGCUUUAAUGUAAUGGGUUGCUGCCACAUGAUUGGCUGAUUAGAUGAGCAGGUGCCCCUAAUAAAAUGGCCAUAAAGUAUAGGAGGAUGCAGUGAACAGUAGAGAUAUGGUGGGCCAAAGGGCCUGAUUCUCUGCCUUAGGAACAGAAGGAUCCCUAUACCACCAUACCACUACUUUAAGCAUCCAUGGGUAAAACUGGCAGUGGCCACUCAGAGCAGACAGUUGGCAUCAGUUUCAACGGUGCCAACUUCUUCAGUUCUUUAGAUUAAAGAUCAGCUUUAUUUGCCACAUGUACAUCAAAACAUACAGUGAAAUGCAUCAUUUGUGUCAAAUCAAAUCAGCGAGAAUCAUGCUGGGCAGCCCGCAAGUGUCAAUAGACAAUAGGUGCAGAAGUAGACCAUUUGGCCCCUCGAGCCUGCACUACCAUUUUGAGAUCAUGGCUGAUCAAUUACUAUCAAUACCUGGUUCCUGCCUUGUCCCCAUAUCCCUUGAUUCCCUUAUCCAUAAGAUACCUAUCUAGCUCCUUGAAAGCAUCCAGAGAAUUGGCCUCCACUACCUUCCGAGGCAGUGCAUUCCAGAUCCCCACAACUCUCUGGGAGAAGAAGUUUUUCCUUAACUCUGUCCUAAAUGACCUACCCCUUAUUCUCUUAUUCUCAAACCAUGUCCUCUGGUACUGGACUUUCCCAGCAUCUGGAACAUAUUUCCUGCCUCUAUCUUGUCCAAUCCCUUAAUAAUCUUAUAUGUUUCAAUCAGAUCCCCUCUCAAUCUCCUUAAUUCCAGCGUGUACAAGCCCAGUCUCUCUAACCUCUCUGCGUAAGACAGUCCAGACAUCCCAGGAAUUAACCUCGUGAAUCUACGCUGCACUUCCUCUACAGCCAGGA